GGAUCUCUGAAGAAUGUGAGGUCCAGCCUAUAGAUUGAAAAGCUGUGAAAAAGAAGGUAAAAGAGAAACUAUAGGAGGAAUCUGAAACAGAUUUUCAUGCAAGGUUUAAGAAACUUAAAUCUCUGGAAAAGAGAGAAACAGUGCCAUCAUGCAUUUUUCUUGGGUCAAAGAGAAGGAGAUAGAGUUGAAACAGAAGGAGGUAGGCGUGGGGGUUCCUAAGGAACCCAGCACGCCUAGGUUCGUUGGAACCCAAACGCUGGGUUCCUUCAAACCCAGUACGCCUGGGUUUGAUGGAGCCCAGGCACAGGGGUUUCAAGGAACCCAAGCGUUGGGUUCGAAGGAACCCACGCCUGGGUUUGUUGGAACCCAGCACACUUGAACCAAUGGCAAAAAAUUAAAAAAAGUUUUUUUCAUUUUUUUUUUUGUGAGUUUUGUUGCUUGAUGAUGAUGAAGAACCCAAUAAGUGUAGAGAUUGGUUGAGAUGUUAGAGAUUAGUUGAGAUUUUAGGGUUUGUAGAAGUUGAAGAAAAGGAAGAGGAAAGGGAAAGGGAGGAACGAAAAAAAUAAAAACAAAAUUUUUUU